CACAGACAAGAGGUGCAUCCCGACCGACAUCAGCCCAGAGAGAGAGAGAGAGAGAGAGAGGCAGGCUCCAGUGGGAUAAAUCAGGUGAUCAAGCAGGACUUGAAAUUAAAACAAGGCAAGAGCAAGAGACAACCUCCUAGAAGCGCAGCCUUAAAAUGAAUUCGGACUCCAGCUCCUCCAGCAGAGCCUCCUCUCCAGACAUGGAUGGGAUGUACCUCCGCGAUCACCUCCAUCCCCAGGACGGACGUCUGAACUCGGUGUCCUCCACACAGAGCGAGCUGCUCCAGAAGAUGACGGGCGAGCACGGGGCCAAGUCGCCCUCCGGCAGCAAGUACAAGCUCAAGAAGCAGGUGACCGAGCAGGAGAUCCAGCACCUGCGCCUGAAGAUCAACGGCCGAGAGCGCAAGCGCAUGCACGACCUGAACCUGGCGAUGGACGGGCUCCGAGAGGUCAUGCCGUACGCGCACGGGCCCUCGGUGCGCAAGCUGUCCAAGAUCGCCACGCUCCUGCUGGCCAGAAACUACAUCCUGAUGCUGACGAGCUCGCUGGACGAGAUGAAGCGGCUGGUGGGUGAGAUCUACGGCGGCCACCACUCGGCGUUUCACUGCGGGUCGGUGAGCCACGGCGGCGCGCACUCGGCGCAUCAGGUGCAUCCUCUCCUCGGGAGCGCGCUGACCUCGUCCACCUCCUCGACGCUUUCCAGCGCUUUACCGGGACUUACCUCCAUCAGGGCGCCGCACUCUUUGAUGAAGAGCACCCCUGCCCCUCCGCUGCAGCUCGGGGGCUCGUUCCAGCACUGGGCGGGCUUGCCGUGCCCCUGCACGAUUUGCCAGGUGCCACCGCCUCCCCACCUGCCCAUCACCUCCACAGGACUGACGAGGCUUUCCACAGAGAACAAGGACGCGAUGAAGUGAACGUCACGGUGUAAACAGUGAACGGACCGGACUUUGCAUGAUCUGUCUGUCUGUCUGUCUGUCUGUCUGUUUGUUUGUUUGUUUUAGCCCUUACAAAUACACAACUUCGUCCUUGUAACAAGGAUGUCGUCGAUUGGUGUGUAAGGUAAACUUCUUUAUCGUUGUGGAGCACGUGCUGAAUAGGCUCCGCGCACAUUCACUGUAAAUGAGAGUAAAGUGAUCUAUUUGAGCUGGAUUCUGUGUGUUUGAAGUUGCCCUGGAAGCGCGAGCACUCCCCUCACAAACAUGUGCCGUGGUAACCAUACUGUCCGCCAAAAAACGCAGAGACAACGACCCGAGUUUCUACCGUUUCUACUUUAACGCGGGAUCUCCUACAAACGCUGUUAGAAGGAUCCUGGCGUCAUUGUCACAUAUUUACAUCAUUACUCUGGUGCUUCGGCUAUCCUGAAGGCUACUUGUUGAUCAUGUGAUGUGGAGAGUCGCGUGCAUGUAUCUUUUUUUACAAAGAUUAUGAAAAUAUGAAUCCCACAUGUUGAAAACAAGGAUUGUGAAAUGGCAUUUCGGAUGAAAACUGUACGACUAUGGAUUUAGUUCGCACUAGAGUGGUAUUAUUAUAUCUCUUUCGAUUUAUUUGUUAUUUUUCAUCUGGGCCUUCAGUCGUGUUAUUUCUGUGACGUAUCCUUAUUUGAAAUUUUUCGGCAUGGCAUCUUGUUCAAACAACUUAUAAGCAUGAUCUUUUUUUUCUUGGGAAAAUGUAGUUAUUCCAGAGAGAUUGCCGUGAUCUUUAUUUUUGUACAUUCUUGUUGACAAAUAAGAUAUUUAUUAUUGCCCAGUGUUCCUGGAUGAAAUUUCAAUAAAACUAUACUGUA